GAGAUCGUGCUGCGGGACGUCAUCGGCGAGGGGUCCUUCGGGCGCGUCUGGUCCGCGAGCUGGCAGUCGUCGGAGGUCGCGGUCAAGGAGUUCGUGCUCGCGCAGGCGGCGUUCGCGGGCGGCGCGAUGCACCGGCGCGACAUCAUCGAGGAGAUUGUGGGCGAGGCGGGCAUCAUGGCCUACCUGCGCCACCCCAAGAUCCUCCAGCUCUACGGCUGCUCCCUGACGGCGCAGGCGAUCUGGAUCGUCUCGGAGCUGUGCUCGCACGGGUCGCUCCGGUCCGUGCUCGACGACGCGUCGCUGGAGCUCGGGCUCGAGACGCGGCUCCGCAUGGCCAUCGACGUCGCCGAGGGCAUGCUCUACCUCCACACGCGGGACCACCCCAUCGUGCACCGCGACCUCAAGUCGCACAACCUCUUCGUCGCCGAGGUCCGGGGGCGCAUGCACGUGCGCAUCGGCGACUGGGGCUCCGCGCGGGCCGUGGCCAUGAGCCCGGACUUCUCGCGGACCAUGACCCACGGCGUCGGCACGACGUGCUGGCUCGCGCCGGAGCUCAUCAAGGACGCCAAGGGCAGCGAGCGCAUCGACGUCUACGCCUUCGGGAUAGUAUUGUGGGAGCUCGCGACGCGCGAGGAGGUCUACGGCGACCUGAGCGCGGCGCAGAUCAUCUCGCGCGUGGCCAACGAGGGCCUGCGGCCCGAGCCGCCGCAAAACUGCCCCUGGGGCGACCUCAUGGAGGCGUGCUGGGCCGAGGACCCCGUCGACCGCCCGGGCUUCGACGUCAUCUUCUCGGAGCUGAACCGCAUCCACGAGGAGCUCACGGGC